AUGCCACUCCGUGCAUUAAGACCGGACGCAAGGAUUGACCAAACGCGCCGCGAGCGUUAUGCUGCCCAAAGCCGAAAUCUACGUCCCCUUCUACCACGCGUAACACCCUCAUCUAUGUUCACGACACCCCAUCCCUCUUUUGUACGACAAUUCAUGGCGCCCCCAACGACUUCCAGUGCAACACCCUCUCCCUUUAGUUCACGUCCUAUUCCCGACGUACAUAUCGUCCCACCUGCACUCCCGCGCAGGCAAUGUAUCCCCCUUCCACAACUCUCACCUGUCGAGAUCCAGAUAAACCCUUUGCUCGUCAACGGAAUCGAUUACAAUAUCAGAGCCCCGACAUUAUUCGCCGCUUGCCCUUCACGACGUCAUAGCUCACGGGGGAGAGACGCGUGGAGAUAUGAGCGGGCAGUUCAACCUACCGUCCCGUCCUUGACAAUCUAUUUUGAUUUCGACCCCGACCGACCAAUCGUCGUUUUCCCCACCCACAACGAUUAUGAUGCAUCUAUCACUAUAGGCGACGUCCUGGCUGCUGUCAACCGUAGGUACGGCUUCUUCCCGAUGAAGUGUGCUGGGCAGGGCUGGUCCCAAGCUCCACUGAGCGCGACGUUUGGAUUUUGCGAACAGAUUGAAUUCUCAUGGCCCGCUAUGUUCAAGACUACUUCCAUCCCUCAUCAGAUUGCAGACAUCUGUCUCUACUACUGGUCCAAGCUCUACACCGCGACCAUUAGGCUUUGGAACAAGUUGAAUUUUCAUGGCCUGGCGUCUCCACAUCAUCCUUCAUCCCUCGACCAAAUUAUAGACGACUGCGUUGUCUUGACUUAUCGAGCAUCGAUUCCCGAAGUGCUAGUUGCCUAUCUUUGUUGGGAUUUCCCCGCGGCGUUCGAGUUACCUCCGCCUCCGGAUGAUCAAAUCAUGGACGGCUGCGCCGUCUUCAAACUCAUUUCCUAG